UAAAGACACGACACACUUUGCAUACAUGACUGUAAAAUACCCUUCUUAACCUAACAAACCCAUUUAAAGAGCACCGGAUUGAGAAGUUCAGAAACAUCUCGGGAGCUCAUCGUCACUGAAGUGACAAAAAAGCCAAAGUGAUGGACAAUAUUUUUCUCCAUCUGCUCUUUUUUGCAGGACUGCAGUCUUUAACUCUUUGUGUACAACCAGAGUAUAUACUGAUCAAGCAGCUCAAAACAUGGAGUGCUGCACAGAAUUACUGCAGGACAAACCAUCUUGACCUGGCCACCGUUCAGAGUAACGAAAACUGGACACGUCUGCAAGAAGCAGCAAGAGAACAAUCCUUUUCUGAAUUCGCUUGGUUUGGACUGUACAACGAUAUCAACGGCUGGCGCUGGUCCUACAACGAAGAGAGUCUGGUGUUCAAGUCCUGGGCUGUAGGUCAGCCUGAUAACUACGGAGCAGGAGAGGAGUGUGUCGGGAUAUUUAAUACCGGAGCCUGGUGGGAUUUGGCCUGUACCGACUUCAGAUAUUUUGUGUGUUACGAUGGAAGUGCAAACGCAACAGAGAAACUGGUUUUGAGCAAAACGCAAAAGCCAUGGGCUGAUGCUCAGAAGUACUGCAGAGAUCAUUACACAGACCUGGUUACCAUUAGGAGUCAAGCCGACCAGAACAACAUAACCAGCUUGAUUAAGAUAUUGUCCCCUGCCGUCUGGAUCGGUCUGUACAGAGAGACCUGGAAGUGGUCGGAUCAGUCUAAUGUCACUUCCUCGACACAACGUGAUAUUCAAGGAUUUACUCGGGGGAAUGAAAACUGUGCUGGUUUAAAUAUUUAUUACCGUUCAGUUGACGAUAGAUACUGCACAUGGGAGUACUACUUUUACUGUACAACCGUGAGGAAGAACAGGAAGGUGAUCCGAGUGCAGGUGAAAGGUGCUGAGAACAUGGAUGAAGCUAAACUGAAGACACUCGUCUUAAACAAGUUACAGCAGACGCUGAGAGAUGAGGACGUCUCAGUGAUGUGGAGGACACAACCCAACGGGAAAGUCUUCCAGGAGAUCAACACUGUGCAGAAACGUAAAGAAGUCAACACUACUGCUGUUUGUUCUUGGUUGGAGUGAAAUUUUAAGUAAAUUAUUGGAGUUUAUUCUUAGUUACAUAUCUGCAUUACUUUAUUAGAUUAACAAUUUAUAAUAGCCUAACAUCUUAAAUGCUUACGUCUAUUUAUUUUGCGUUUUUUAUUUAUUUUUUAUUUUAUUUAAUCAACAGAUAUUAAUGCCUAAAUAUGAACCAGCAUGUUUUACAACCGCGAUUUUACUGCUUCUUUCAAAACAGAAUAAACGAGACCUUUGAGAAGAUAUAAAUAAAUGCGGUUGAUCUGUAAAAAGCUGUAAUAAAACACACAACUUUAACUCAGUCAGUACUGCUGCUUCAAACCCCCACAGCACACGUGAUGACCCUGUGCCGGGUCUGUUCAGGUGGAGGCUUUCUCAAAUACCACAGACACCAGCCAGGUACAUGAAUGUUGAGAAGCAAGCUCAUUGGCCGCCGCUACAGAAGAGAGCCAAUCAGCUGUGCCGUGUGAUCAUGAUGUCACUACAUUAGAUCACGGGAGGCUGACAAAUGGGCAGUAAUUAAAAAAGGAAAAGAAAUGCACACAUUAAUGUAGUGUGACGUCUGACCUCUGGAAAAAUAUAAAGGGUGACUAACUUUAUCAGUUCUUUCCCUGCUUUUUGUGCCAUACAUUUAGUUUCCGUCUAUGGUGUGACAUAUAACAAAAAUGAUUCUUUUAGUUUAGUUUGACAGCAGCUGUGUGUAGAGCCACUUUAGUUUUUCUAGUCUAGUUUUCCCAUGUUCUGAUUUUUCAGAUGAA